GCCGCUCUCACCUCUCCACCGGCCUCCGCGCCCCUGACUCCCCUCUGCCGUCUUUGUGUCUUGCUGAAACAUCGCUGUCAAGAUGAGCGACGAGGUGAUAUGGCACUGCCUCCGCCACAACCACUGCAGCUUCAUGGCCAAGAUCGAGACGGGGCUAUUCUGCAGGAACCCCUACAACGCCACGGGCAUAUGCAACCGGAGCUCCUGCCCGCUCGCCAACAGCCGCUACGCCACCAUCCGGGACCACGACGGUAUUUUCUACUUAUACAUGAAAACUGCGGAAAGAGCCCAUCUGCCAAACAAAUUAUGGGAGAGAGUCAAACUACCCAGGAAUUAUGAGCAAGCAAUGGAAGUCAUCAAAAAACAUCUCGAACAUUGGCCGGAGCUACUUGUGCACAAGAUCAAACAACGCCUGACAAAAAUGACUCAGUAUCGCAUAAGGAUGAGGAGACUUCAACUUAAAGUGAGAGAGAAGAUAAUGACCGUCCCCAGGAGGAAGACUCAGCGCGAUCUCCAAAGAUUAGAGAAAGCUGAAAAGGCUGCUCAACUAGAGAAGAGUAUUGAAAGAGAACUAAUAGAGCGUCUGAGGAAAGGUGUUUAUGGUGGUGAAAUUCAUAAUGUCCCCCUCAAGCAGUUUGAUACUAUCCUUGACAUGGAAAAGGAUGAACUGGCUCCUGAGAUAGAAGAGGAAGAAGAAGGUGAGAUAGAGUAUGUUGAAGGUGCUGAUAUCGAGAUGGAUGAAAUGGAAGACAUGGAAGACUUUGAAGGCUUCGGUGGAGAAGAUGAUGAUGGAGAUGAAGAUGAUGGCCUGGAUGAGCCAUUAACAAAGAUGCCCAAGAGAUCGGGCUUCGAUAUAAGGUCAAAGAUUGGUCGCAAGUCUACGAAAGUAAUCACCGAGGUGGAACAAGACGAAAACAGGAAUAUCAGGCUAAGGAUGCAGAUGUGAUUCACCCAAGCACGGCGCCUUUAGUAACAUAUGUGGUGUUGAUGAUCGUGUAAUUUAGAAAAAAAAUUCUUUUAUCUUCUCACGAUAAUCUGUUGAGUUCGUAUGAUGGUUUAUUUUGCUGAGAACACGGAAACUGGCAUGAAUUGUACUAACUGAACAGUAUUCAGUCUCUCUCUGACCCGA